UGGCUGUUAUGUAAGCAUGAAUUUUGUCUCCAUCGAAUCUCGAACCUCCUUAAACUUGUGCCUGAGAGAUUCACGGCUUUCGGGGUAAUUAUUGGUGUUCUUCUACGUACGCAACUUGUAUACGCAGACUGCGUGCGCAACCGAUCGCAGCCUGAAAGUUCUCUGGUUUUCUGGUUCUCUAGCGGAUCGGCGCGCAUGUCAAAAAUAUUUCAUGUGAUAAACGAGGGACAACGACCAUAUAAAAAAGGUCCACAAACAUCAACCCUCAAAUCCCAAUCGCAGGUUGAAAACAUAAUUCACCCAGUAUAAUCUCUCCUGACACAUCAUCAUGUCCAGCACCCAAGCGGCCAGCAAGGCCGACUUCGAUGUCAUCAUUAUAGGGGCAGGCAUCUCCGGUAUCAAUGCCGCCUACCGCGUGCAAACCGAGCUCCCCAAUGCCACCUACACGAUCCUCGAGGCCCGCGACACCAUAGGCGGGACCUGGGACCUCUUUAGGUUCCCCGGUAUACGUUCCGACUCCGAUCUCCACACUUUCGGCUUCGAAUGGCGGCCAUGGCAGGCCAAAAAGGCCUACGCCGACGGCCAGAUGAUCUUAGAUUACAUGAAAGACGCCGCAGCAGCCUACGGUAUCGACGAGAAAAUCAAAUACCACCACCACCUCACCGCCGCUGACUGGUCCUCCGCCGAUCAGCUGUGGAACCUCGAGGUCACUGCUAAUGGCGAGCCUAAGACCCUCACCGCUCACUUCUGUAUCAUGAGCACAGGGUAUUAUGAUUACUCCAAGCCUCUCGAUGCCGACAUCCCCGGUCUGGAAAACUUCAAGGGGACUGUCGUUCAUCCGCAAUUCUGGCCCUCAGACCUCGAUUACUCGGGAAAGAACAUGGUCGUCAUCGGAUCCGGCGCCACCGCCGUCACACUCCUCCCCGUCGUGGCAGAGACAGCUAAACAUGUAACCAUGCUCCAGCGCUCGCCCUCCUACAUUCUCGUGCGCUCCUCAAACACCCUUCAAGAGCGCGUUAUGCACGCCAUCCUACCGCGCUGGGUCGCGCUGAAACUAGUCCGAUGGACAUGGAUCAUCCUCCCUUGGAUCUUCUUCCGCUUCUGCAAAGCCUGUCCCGCGGCCUCCAAGUCGCUGAUGAUCGCACUGACGAAGAUGCAUUUGCCUAAGGGCACGAAGAUGGAGCCGGAUUGGGUACCAUCUUAUAACCCCUGGGAGCAACGCCUCUGUACCAGCCCUGAUGCGGAUUUUUUCCUGGGCUUGAAGACGGGGAAGUCAGAUGUGGUGACAGGGACUAUUUCCCAGGUGUCUGCUGACGCCAUUAACCUCGAUGACGGAAGGACCCUGCACCCCGAUAUCAUCGUCACAGCCACCGGUCUCCGCAUCUGCUUCGCCGGCGCGGUCACCAUAUCCGUCGAUGGGGAGAAAGUCGAUCCCUCCAGUAAAUACAUCUGGAAAGGGAUGAUGGUCCAAGACCUCCCCAACAUAGCCUUCCCGUCCGGGUACCUUCACUCUUCCUGGACCCUUGGCGCCGACGCCUCAGCCAUCAUGACUUGUCGUCUCAUCAAGCACAUGCAGACCCAGAAUAUCAGCGCGGCGAUUCCGAGGCUAAGCCUUGGAGGGGAAGAGGACAUGGAGGAUAGCUCGUGGAAGAUGUCGAGUACGUAUAUGAGAAGGGGGAAGAGUGCGCUGCCGAGGGGAGGGGAUAGGGGGGCGUGGUGGUCGAGGAAUAAUUUGUGGAAGGAGCUUGUUGCGGCGAGGUGGGGGAAUUUGACGAAUGGGUUGGAGUUUGUGGGGGGGUCGAGAUGGGGGGUAGGUGGUAACUGA